AAUGACAUGAUUGACUGACAAUUUGAGCCGGUAUUUUGUGAAGUUUUGGCGGACUUAUUUUUUUGUUCAAGAUUACGCAUUAAAACAAUACAAUUUGUUUAAAACUGAGUGUUGUGACCUAGGUUUGAUCUUGACAAAAUAAGUUACUAACCAAAAUGUGGAAUGAUCAAUCGGUCGUUGGAGGAGGGUUUUUAAACUCGCCAGGUCAAUUUGGUGCCACUACCACUCCUGGUCAAGCCCAAAAAACUAGCCGAAGAGUUUCACGUACAGCACCUAUAGUUAUCAGACAGGCCUUGCACUGUGGAGAUGAUGGAGUUAAGAUUUGGGGCACUGAAAUCCAAAUUGUGUCAAUACUUGCUCGUAUUAGAAAUAUUCGUAUGCAGAGCUCCAAGAUUACAUAUACUAUUCAGGAUAUUACAGGGAGAAUGCGAGCAGUCUUAUGGAUUGAUCAAGAAGCAAUGGAAGAAGAUGAUAAGUCCACACCAAAGGUUCAAGUAAAUGAUUAUGUCCAGAUUUUUGGAAAUGUUAAAACAAACAAAGGCAAAAAGGUUCUGAUGGCAUUCAAAAUUAUGCCAGUAACUGAUGUCAAUGCAAUAACUUUCCAUUAUCUUCAGUGCAUCAACAAUAAAGUGAAAAUGGAGGCAGAUUCUAAGAAAGAAAAAGUUGCAACUAACAAUCCAACAUUUACAAGUGGAUUACCAGCCAACUCCAUGGUUGGAAUAAAUGAGAACACUGGCUCAGUGAAUGGAUUGAAUCCACGACAGAUGAUGGUCUUCAACUUAAUUAGAAGCUCAACUCUAGAGCAAGGAAUCAGUAAACAAGACAUGUACGCUACACUGAAAGACCGAAUGGCUCAAAUUGAAUUUGAGAAUAUUCUGGAAUGGAUGUGUGGCGAAGGCCAUAUCUACUCUACUAUUGAUGAAGAACAUUUCCGUGCCACAGAUGCUUUCUAAAAGUAUGCUGCGACCAGAUUUCAAUGUUUCUAACAAUACUGCAGUCUGAAGUAGUACACUUGAAAUCCAUUCAAUGAAGUGUAAACUGUUAUAAAUGAACGUGUGCAGUGUUGUUAGUUAUGUAAUGAUUGUAAUAACCAUGUUCAAAGAAGCCUUAUCCUCGUAAGACCGAAGAGUAAAUUUUGUCGACUUCUAAGUAUCGCCGAAUGUGCUUUCAGAAGAACGAAUAAUUUGUAGUAGUAAACGCCGAGCACUUCGAGUAAAAAAAAUUGUACGUUAGAGAUUUUCUUUUGCAUUCAUAUUUUCAGGGGCCCUAUAUAAUAGUGCAUAGAGCUCAUUUUAGGUGAAAAAUAAUAAAAAAAUGUUUUCUCAUAAAAGAACAUUCGGUAUUACAGACUUUAAAAAGGAAAAGUAAAUAAAUUGUAUUUUAUACUUUAAAGUAAAACAUAAAUGUAACCUUCUUAAUAAAUUAAUACUACAUAAAGAUACAAUAAUGAUAUUAAUAAAUGUAACUGAAAAGGUACAACGGUUUUAAUUUUAUUUAAUGUUUCAUAAUUAGUACUUUUAAAAGUACUAUCGGUUUUAUAACAUACACUAAUGAUAGGUUAGAAUGUAUAAGAAGUAAAGUGAAUAUUCAUGUUAAUUAUAAUAUUUACUUAAGCCGUGUGGUGACGGCAGAGUAGAAUACAUUUGUCACCAACCCCUACUCUUCCCGCGGGUGUCGUAAGAGGCGACUUAGGGACUACACAUCAAACAGAGAAUGGGCAGCAGCGCUCUCUGAAAAACAUCAAUCUUUUAAACUGCGAUCUCCAACCCGCCUGCCUAGCGUGGAGAUUAUGGCAAAACCCUCCACUAUAGUGGAGGAGGCUCAUAGUCCAGCAGUGGACUGUAAAGGGCUGUUGAUGAUAAUAUUUACUAAACUAAAAAUCAGAACGUUCUCAUGGUAAAUUUUCUCAAUCAUAUCAUAAUUUUAAAAGUCCAAUACUCAAUCCCAUCUCAAUAGAAAAAAUAUACAAAAAUAAAACUUUCACCAUCAAGACCGAAUGUUCCUUGCAAAGAACUAUUAUUUUCAAACGAAAAAAAAUCUUACAAAACUAGUUCAAAUUGGGAAAAAUAAUUUUUUUGCUUGUUUAGCAGUGUCUUAACUUAAAUUAUACUGGUCAGUAUUGCAAUUAAACUACGUUUACGUGAAGAAAAAAAAUUAAUCGCACAUCACGUCUUCUCGGACGAACCACCUUGUCAAAGAAAAAUGAUAAUUUGACAGUGACAUUUUGUUUUUUUUAUUUUAAUUAGUUCGGAUACCUGAUUUUGAAUACUUUAAGCCAUAGACUAUCACUCUUUUUUUUCGAUAGGCGCGAAUUUUUGAACUUAAAUUUAUCGCUAAAGUUUUAGUUCCUCUGAAGGCACAUCCGGCGAUACUUCGAAAUCACCUCCGAAAAUGUCUCGGCGUUACUGACUACAAAGUUUUAGUUCCUUCUGUGGCACAUCCGGGCUUACGAGGUUAUUACUUUUUAUUCAAACUGUUUCAAACAAAAAUAAAAAAUCCAAAUC